AUGGCCAAAGUAGGCAAAGGUAUACAGAUUGGCCUGUCCUGGGUGAAGACAGAACUCGGCAACAUUCCAGACGGUGCCAUUGCGACACAGCACGACGUCUACGUCUGUCGCGCCUGGCAUGAGGGUGAAAAAAUCCCCGGAAAGUACAUUCCACCACUCUACACCGCCUUCGUACCGUACGCUGGGGGACUGCGAAGUACUCUGUGACACUCGUUGUCUCGGCCAACCUUGCUGGUAAGCAGAACUACCGAACAGCCAUUUAUGUUCUAGUGGAUAGAGAAAUGAACGCCGGCUCAGAUUCGGCUAGACGGUCUCCUGUGUUUUGUUUGGAGUGACGGACUGGUGGACUGAGAUUCAGGCUGCCCUGACUCCUUCUUGAUGUGGCCUCUAUGGCACUCCCACCUAAUGGCAUUCGAGCCGCCUCCGGCCAGUUGUUGUAUUUGUUGUAUAAAAUUCCAAUCGAUUGUUUUGCUGUGGAGCAGGGCGUGUGAUGGUACGCUUAGGUGCGGGUUUAGACCGUGCCAGCCACCUGUGUCCUCGCUAAGCAGAGUCAAUCAUCUGUCACCGUCACGCUCUCAUGGGACCGGAUUCGAGUAAUAAGUGGUUGUGACUUCCGAUUUACAUGGUGAUUUAAUUGAACUCUAGCUGAUAGGUAAAUACGGAGGUAGACUGUCACAUAUUCAAGCAUUUCUAGCAUACCAUAUUUUUAUGGAAAGAUGAGGAGGGAUGCAGACUUGUGUUUAUGAGUCAGAAGCAAGAAUGUCCUUUGGUAGCACCUAAUUGGUCAGAUCAACGUCAGCUGGUUCAGUCUACACCCCAAUCAAGAAUAAAUUAUAAAAUUAUCACGCCUGCCGCCUGGGGGUAGAUGAGGAAGGAGGACAUUAACGUGGCCAACUAAAGGGCGAAACGUGAAACGAUGCGUGUUUUGUGUGGAGUAGUCUAAGAGUAAGGCUGCAAUAUCUCCUUGUUGUGGCAGUAAUGUCGAAUUAUUUGUAAUAAGUAGUGCGGUAUUUCUAUUUGAUCAACCAGUUACGAAUGGGUACCGGCAAGUGGUGGUGAGGUUCCGAAGGGAGCGAUUGUUGCGGGAAUCGCGUCGGAUAGACAACCGCUGUACAUCGCCAAAGCCCGUGUUAAGGAUGAGAUUCCUUCAGGCAAGGUAAGUGGAUUUAUUUUUUUUUUAUUCCUGUCCACUCUUGCCUACUCAGAACAAAGCCCCCAGUCUAAUCCUUUCCAUCUUAACAGUCCUCAUCCUUGUAAUGUCUUUACUGUCUGACAUAUGAAUACUCCUAAUUUCUGCAGUUAAACUUGGAGUCCUUCGGUUGGACGAUGAGGAGAUCUAAAUAAAGUAGCUGCAGUUGCGGCCGAAAACGCUGAGAUCUUCGAUUUGAAGGCCUCUCAUACAUGCUUCUUCGAAAUCUGCCUGUUCUCGUAAAGAAAGCGGCUGAAGGUAGAGCGUCAUUAUGGUUAAUUUAACUAGAACCAUUGGUAACUGGUGACUAGCAGGUCGUAUUUGUUCGUGAGAAGGAUACUUCGGCAACUCUUAGAGCUGACACUGCAUUUUGCGACAGCGAUGACACCCUUUCCGAGGAAGUUAACUGCUGGCCAUGGGUUUUCGCGUAUAAAAGUCGCACAAGUGGCUGCUAGACAACAGCAUGCAGAGUGUCGGAAAGCCUUACUGAUAGACAUGAACGACACCAAUUAGCCUAGCCAGUUCCUUCCUACUGUCUUCACCGCAUACCUAGGCUUUUAAUAAGAGCAGCAGUCGUGGGCGUGGACGUCGAUUGGUGGUCGGACGUAAAUGGAGGUAGAUGCAAAUUCGGUUAGCGCACUGCAGAUAUAGGCUGAUGACUUAGGGAAAUCCACUUCACUUGCAUCACAAAGAAAACCCGAUUGCUCGUCAUGGUCUCCUUGCGCAUAUCGACGACAAAUACACUAAUUGACCAAUUACGUAAACUUCUGGAUUCCGUUGUUGAAUAUGAGGGACAAAUUACGUGGUUAUAAAAUAUUGAUCAGCAUGUGGCAUAAUCCCGAAAUACUUUACAGGUAUGUGGCUGUUCGAAUGAACAUUGUACGGUCUUUCAAUAACUUCAUAAUGAGAAAGCUUUUUAAGACUGACAGAUACAUUUUAUCGGAGUGUACAGUUCUCGGAAUACCUAAACCUCUACUAAAUGAGUACGUGAAGAGAUAUUAUUGAAAAAAUAUUUUGGAAAAUACACUUGAAUUUAUAAGAAUUCUGAAAAUAAAUAAAAUAAAAUCCAUGCCAUUUAUGCAGUCAUUAUUCACGAGGGCAGUGUCUGUAGACAGUCGGAAAGAAGUGCAUUCAAAUGUAAUCUUAGGAUUAUGCAGCUAGAUUCCCAACGGUACAACAUUAUUUGGGUAACCCUUUCUAAUUGGAAGCGCACUUCAGAAUAUCGCCUAACCUUUCAUAAGAUCGGUCAUUAAGUGCAAUUUGCCGACAACGUGCGUUUAAUCAUUGUCACAUAGGGGCUGUUUUGAUAGCCAUUGUGAUUGUUAUUUGUUUGAAAAUCCAAACCGAGUAACCCACGUAAAUAACCCUUUUGAGCAAAAGCGCAUUUUGGAAUUUUGGUUAAAAUUUUAAGAGGCCGGUCACCGACCACGCCUUGUGGCUCCUAUCCACUGCGAGAUGCGGCCUGUUUCGAUAUCGUACAAACCAAACUCUUUAUUCUUAAAUUCCGUCUUUCAGGUACAUACCGGCCACUCCUGUGCCUAUUUGUCAUACUGGGGCCGUGAACAUUCGGUUAAGGACUACGAAGUCCUGGUAUGGAAGCAGGAAUGAAGGGUGGCUUUGAUGAGACUCCUUCAAAGUUCAUGGGAUCCCAUGCUAACCAAUUACUCAAAACGCCAUGUAAACCCAAUUCUUGUAGGUGAAUCAGGAGAAAAAAUAAAGUUUUACGGAGUGCUUUACUUUUCAGAAAAUCGCGCAUUCCCUUUUACUACGACUAACCGAUCUUCGGGUGUAAAUUCACAUAUCAGUUAGCCGGGAUGAGAGUUACUGAAGGGGAAAACGAACUUUUUGAAGGUUUUCUCCAUUCAUUACCUGAAUUUGGUCGUUUGAAUUAUUGCAUGAGGAAAAUGUGGGGAGAUCUUUCCGAGAGAGGCAGAAAAUAAAUUGUGUAUGAUUAAUUCAGCCAGAGUCAGUAGCAUAGCACAUUGAGCUCUCGUUCGAAGAGUGUGGGCGUAGCACGCUGACCGUUUAUAAACGCAAAAUGAAGUGCGAGGGUGGGAAGCAAGAGCACAUCUUUACCUCCGGAUGUUAAAGCAACACUUAGCCACCAUUUUGGACGAAUGUAAUCCAUAAAUGUAAUCCUGCUAAACUCACGGACGCCCGGGCGUGGUUAGUAGACGGCAGUAGCGCGACCAUGUACUCAGAUGCACGCGAAAAUUCAGAAGAAUGCUCAUGGAAUUUACAGGGUUAACCCUGGCUUAGUAACAACGAGUUGGUGUUUUGACGGAUUUUGGGAAAGGUUUCGGACUGUGACUCAAGCGAUGUUCAUUUGGUGUGCCCUACGAUUCACAUGAUUAAACUCAACUGAAUCCGAACUUAAAGUGGAUUAUUCAAAUCGAUGUUUGAAACCUUCCCUACAAACAUAUUUCAGCAGCAUAACUUAUCUCCUGUCUGUUCUAAUGCAGGCUUUAAUUAGAAAUAUAAAGGGUCUGUGCGGGAUUGUGAUAUAAAUGCAAGAAAGUUUAAAGUUUAUGCCACCUGUGAUUGUAACCUGCGUAGUUGUCCCAUUUUGUGUCGUUGAAGCAAUGAAAUAAGCUCUCAAUUAAGAGUACGGCAAGUCAUGUGUGUGUCGCGCAGGAUGUAAUAAUUCUAAUUUUAUUGAGCAGUCGUGGGGGUAAUGUCACCCGUGUCAGGUGACCUCCUAGGUCAACAUUGGCCGUGAGGCUACUGCCUGCGAGAGUUCUAGAUUGAGCGCCAAACGCAGCGGCCAAUAAGCUAGACAUGAACAUCCCAGUCGCAUUCUCUCGUAGGUAAUUUGUCGCACACAUACAUAUUCACCAUCGUGAUGUGAUAAAUAGGCGCGAAUCCACUGUGUGAGUCUUCUAGCUACUCCCGCCCAGCCAGUUGCAAUCACUAAUUCCGUAAGUAUAUUUCCCCUACGCCGUCUGUCUCGUAAUGAUUUAUAUUUACUUCUUAUGGUGGUGACUACGCUGGCGUUUUUAAAGCAGUGCACGAAAUAGGUGGUUAGCGGUAUGUCUGUUCAAUUAAACUACCAAUCACCAAGUUUUUACCAAAGGAAUCACUUUUUCAUCUAAAUGCGUUUACUCACGUUAAGUGUUUGAAAUAUGUUAGCAUUAAAGUCAGAUAUCGCUUCGCAAUAAAUAGUACGAGUUCAUUAUCGUAUGCAAAUCGCUCCUAUGCCGAAAAGCCGCCGAUGCCCUCCAAUUCUACCUUUCCCAUUUGGCCCGACUAUGACGGAAGGGGUAAAGGUGGUGCGGGUUUCAUGGAAAAGGCCCGUGAAAUGGCAGGAGCACAAAGGAAAUCCCGCUCCGACUAGCAAACUAAUAUUAAUAAAUAGACGUGCACGACUGUACUGUAUAACGAUUGCGUCUCGUAGACAUUGCGACGGAUAUACGUAUUAGUAGAUAUUGUCGAUACAUGCAGAAAAUGUGAGCUACAGGAGAUUGCCGAUUGAACAAUAAUUUUACCCAUCUGACGUCUCUGACCGGCACUCAAAUUCCAUUUGCCUACAGGAGAGUAUGAACCUGACUGUUCUUCAGUGAGUGCUCUCAUGAUGUCAGAGGCAGAUCGUACGGAAUGCCAAACCGCAUAGACAAUCAAAUGCUGGCCAAACAGUUAACUGUUGUUGAUAUCCAUAUGUGCAGGCAUAUACCAGUUGAAUAUAAAGUCGUUGCAGAAGUGGUAUAAUUGACACAUAGACAAUGGACCGGUAGAUAUCAGUGGGAAUCUAAAUAUACUAAAAUCUCAGGUGAGUAAUCAUUUCGAAACAGGCGCAAAAAUCCUACCGGAAGACGGACAUUUAAUACUUUUACACUACGACGAGAAAAACUCGGGAUUCUGGAAGGAAUUAUGCAUCUUUGAUUGUCGUGCAAUCACCGAUCGCGUCAGAGGGACACACUGGUGAAGUUGCCCCUGGGGCGGCCAAUCAAGCCACGCCAGCUGCAAUAUAUAUAUGGUUAGGUGUUUCUGUAUUUCAACAAACAGGUGGCAAGUUCGGUCCUCUGGUGUCUGUAAAGUUCAUGUACCCGCCUUGUCGAUGAGCGGUCGAAGCGAUAGAAACUCCAAUGGGAUAGGUGCCCGUCAUGCCAUCUGGUGAGGAGUCGGCCGUGUUGCAGUCUGCUCAAGCGAUCGCCACCGUCACUGCUGACUCGUGUCACCUUUGUCUGUCAAAUUGGGUUCAUGCGUCUGUGGCAACAUCGGGUAAUAGAAGCGAAGAGAUGAGUCCCAGGCAGUGGUCUUGAAGAAGACACGAUCGCUGGGACAAGAGCUUGAUUAGCCUGACGUUUCGAAUUCCUGCUCGAACCCAUCAUCGGAUACAAAAGCAGAUAUGGGCGCUUCAUGCACAAGGGGCUGCAGUAUUGCGCCAAUGCCUGAAAUCUAUAUUCCUCACUUCACUAGUUGGUCUCAUCAGCCGGAGGAAGUCUCGAGGCGAUGCACUUCCGCAGACAAUUGCCUAAGAAGACAGCUUGCAUCCCAUCCUUGCGCGGCUUCCUGACCAUCCGAGCUGAUAUGUUCGUUUCUGAUUUGUGAUUAUAGGGACUUCGUUUCGUUGAUCCACUGAGAACUCUUGUGCUUGCGUCUCACAUCGACCGCCGCACCACCGACUCCGUCAAAAGGGUCGAUUCAUAAGAGCUGAGAACGGAUGCAGAUCUUCCGGUCGGGGGCCGUAGUUUGCCCUGAAUACAGAGAAGACAUUCUGUCAGUCGUUGCGGUCGGCGUAUGUCUGGAUCUCCUCGGCCUUAUGAGCCAUCCAGGAAUCCUGCAUUUUUCGCAAUCGUUGCUGUAAUAGGCGACGGCAUUUGUAGAAGGCGUGUUUGUUCUCGUCCGUUGGGCGGUCGAGGUAGGCUCCCUGCAGCCUGUACUUCUCGGCCAGCAGAUUACCAAUGACGGCGUUAUUUUCGUCAAACUGGUUUUGGUGCUGACGACGUGCGCGGUCGAGGACAGCCAGGGUGGUCUCCGUAGUCGGCACCAUCGACUCUCUCCAUGGGGGCGGUUUUAUCUGGAACUGGCAGGUCUUCCAGCCGCUGGGUCAGUUGAUUGUUGAAAUGCAAACGGUGAGCAGGCAAAGAUAACAAUGCAGUAUUCAGCUUACCUGAUGGUCGCUUACCUUAUGGCCUACUACAAGUUUGCGGUCAUCUUGCAGAUGGCGAGGCGAUGAUCCGUCUAGCCAUAAACGUCGCAGAUCGCCUUGGUCUUCAUCACGUUCUAUCGAUCUCGCCGCCGAACGAGGACAUAGUCCAGCGGUGACUUACAGACGCACCGUUAGCGUUCGGCCAUCCUUCAGGCCUGAGCAGACAAUCUUUCACUGUCUCACGCGCGUCGGACGCCGCGGUUUAUUUCCCGUUUGCCCUUGUGAUCAAGCGCCCUCCAAUUCUGCCCUCAAAACAGCCAAUCACAUUUCCGACAUUCAGCUACACAUACUCCCAUGAUGGCACAGACAUGUGGAACCUGCGCAAACAACACAUCACGACGUACGCUUUCCCGCUAACGGACGUCUGCUUUGAGACACAGGCCAGCAGAUAACUCGUGACAAACUGCCCUAUGUGUAGAAUAAACCAGUUCUCGCAGCUCCUUGACUUCUGUCAUUAGAUGGGACGAACUUAUUGCUUAUGGUUAAAGUUAGUCUCACAUCCUCGAUUCCCGUAGAGUGGAGAACGCUAUGACCGCAUCGUUCUUUCUAGGGCGCGUAAAAUCCAUCGAGACUGUUGUAAGCGCUUUCGGACGAAAUAUGUAUUGAAGCUUAAGGCCAACUUAGGCAUGCGAAAUCCCAUCAGCCCGAGGGCACUCUAAAAUGGAAACCGACCCGAUCCCAUGCCUUCUCUUCUAAGGUCGUCUGAAACAAUGCCGGUUAAGGUGCCCCAGGCCUAAGUGGAAUUUCCGCAUGCUGAAUUCCUUUCUACCACACUCUUGGAUUUGACUGAAAUCGGUAGCAUCAACCUUCCUCGACAUACGUCGUUCAGGCAGAUUAGAACAGUUUUGGUUCACAUGUGAUUGAUUUCUGUUGUCACGCACACACUCUGAUUCAUGAACUUUUUAUGACCUCGCUUUUGUCAGACUGCCCCCCUAUAGUUGCAACCCAAAAUAGAUUUCUAUUGAAAAUCAAACAUCCUGACCAAAGCUAAGCGGCUGUAGUUGGAGAAUGAUGACGGAUGGGAGCAAGAAUCUGAAACGUCUGAGGGCUAGUCUCCUUUCUUCAAUUAUGGUACGUCCUUAUUUUCUAGGCACUUCCUUCUCUCCGAGCAUGCGGGAUCUACCCGCCGAAAACCUGAUUUGGCAAAGAGGAAGCGAAAAAAGCUCAAAUUUUAGAAGACGGACAAUAUUUACAGGCUUGCAGUGAAGCCUCAGUUGUAUAAAAGUUUUGGAAACGAAAGCAUGUCCUGCCAACUCGUCCUGGUCAUGGAACUGACCACGUCAAUUGCGGACUUCGCCCGAGGAACGCUUUUGCCAUCCGGUCACUCUCCUUCCCUCUUUACUGACAACGAUAUAGUAGUCUUUUUUUUAUAAAAUGUAGCGAGAAGGCAGUGAACACGGUGAAGCCCAUUCCGUCUCGGUACAUAUUCCUCACUAUGAUCAGCCGAAUGCGUUUGGAGCUGCAUCGGUGCACUAAAAGCUGUGGUUUGGAAGGUUACCAAUUGACGGGAUAAAUCGGACCUCGCAAUCGGCCCAGUAUUGUGUGUUUGUGUGGAUCGGCCGACUAAUGGUCUGAGUGUUAGGCUGCAAUGGUUGCUUCUUAUUGUGACCUCCAUAGCACUUCGGCUACGUGGGAUCUCAGUCGUCCGUCUUUCCUCUUGUUGUGUAAAGUCCUGGUCAGCGUACUUCGUGAACCAGAGAGCGUGCUGGUGGUAUGCCUAGGCUCGAAUUUAUGCUGUGCUAGCCACUUGCGUUCUCUCUCGCCACCGGUCUUCUUGACUUCGUCUUGACAUCGGUCUCAGGUGGGGGAGGAGAAAUUGCGGUAGGGGCUGUGCAAGUCACCGUCCCUCAUUCCACUCUGCUGCUGGAUAUUGCCAGUCAUGAGGAUUGAAGUUUCAUAGGAAAAACCCUUUGCGUCGAUAUAACCUAUAAAGUGGCCAAUUCAAACUAAGGACAUUCAACGUUGGCUAGACCAUAAUACCUGCAGGUUGUAGGGUCGAAGCAGACCCGUUCGUGGCACUCUUGUAAUGCCAAAUACAAUCUGAAUGUGGGGUCAGAUCUCGUGGAAUGAGCCGUAUCUUGAUGGCUGGUGUCAUUUCUCUGCACCACUGUCGCGUGUUCGGCCAUUCGCUCGCGCUUGGAACAGUCGUCCAGUUUUUACGACAUAGUUUCUUUGUCCGCAAGCGCAGGCAUUGAGCAGACUAAGUUGGCUGCCUCCUCGGAGAUGUAGAGAUAAAUGUCUAAGCGUUAUCGAUGAUCCUCUUUGAUCCAUUUCCCUUUUUUCACUUCCUCUCUCGUCCUUCCUGUCCUUAAUGUUAAUUGAGUUGACACGCUGGACUGAUAACCAGUAAAGCAUCAGUCAGCAUCCAUGAAUCUGUAAGUUCGCUUGAAGUCUAUAGAUCGCCGAACAGCGGUAGGAUACUAACGAAUCAGGGAUAACGAUUUCGAUCUAGUUUAUUUCCCUUAUUGAUUCCCUUCACACCUGUACCAUCGAGUAUUGCUCAUGGAAAGACAAUGGCAGGGAGGAUCUGCGGAUCAUCACUUGUAUACCGUCUAGUCAUUGAUUCUAAACAAGCAAACGAGGCCGGAGACAAGCGAACGCUGGAGGCUUUAACUCACUGCUGUCUCUGUUAUUCGGGGUAGGUCGAAGAUUUCGCCUUGAUUGAAGGCGAUCUGCACUGGCAUCAACAAAACCGCAACAAUGUGUUUGUGGCGAUGCAAUAGAUCUGACUCGGUUGGUUCGGGUACCUUCUCCAUUGCCUGUCUCAUGGCUACGAAGAUGAUGUCUACAUGGCACUGAAGUACAGGAGUCAGCACAAAUCCCGACCGAGCGCUUCGUCAAGUCGUAGACCUUCGAUGUUCGGUCCUCAUACACUCAGCGCCUGAUUGUCGAUCCUGGAGAGGUACUUUCGGGAUGACCAUUAAAGGCAUCUAGAUGAGGCAUGAUCAAAACGGGAUUACGCUCUACUACGGCGCCUAUGGUUUCUGUACACCCAAAUAGUACUAAAGCGAGGACAGGAUACGGAUCUAUAUUUCCGCAAAUGGAGACCAAACAACCGGUAACUUUACCAAUUUAUUUAUUUCGGAAAAGUCCAGAAAGAUUGAUUGUACAGCAUUGUCUUCCAAUCGAUAUUGCGCAUUCGCUCACAAUCGCCACUCUUCUUUGCAGGUCCAUUUUAUUGUAGUCACCCUAUGUCCGUAGGCGAUGACGGUAUUUUGGAAAUAGUUCAACUUAUCGUUGCAGAUAAAUCGUUGGACAGCGACUUAUUCCUAAUUAUCCAGAAGCCAAGUGUAAAACACGAUUAUUUAUACAAUGAUCCCUUACAUUCUCAAACUUGAUUAAAAAUGCAUUAAUGUUCUUCGCUUCUUUUGCAGAUUCAUUCUACCGUAGUUUUGCCAUAACCGUAGAAGAAGAUCCAGUUUUUGAGACAGCUCAGUUUAUGGAUAAUGACAGAGAUUGUACCUGUGAAGAUCAUUGAACAGGUGAACAACAUCAUUUCUAUUGCCAUCAGACAAAUUUACUGUGUGUAAGUUUCUACCACAGACUCUGACUUCCGUCAAGAUAGUCUUAAUUGUCUAAAUGGAGUCCGUUUCUCGGCAGUCAAGCAGAUUCUGAAAAGUUGGGUGCUCUCUAUCAGAAUUCUGGCUUCUUGUCGAAUGUCAAACAUUCUGAGGAAGACAUCAACCACUGCGGGGUAUUUCGGGUGCAUACGUAGGGAUGCAUGGAACGGCGUGUGAUAGGUGCGGGCCACACCAAUUGGAAUCUGAAUCGCCUACUAUUCUUUGCUGGUUGAAUAAGGGCCUGGUCAUUAUUAGCUGUGAACUUGAGGGUGCAGUGGCAUGCUUUGGUGCAGGUUUCUGUCUGCCAGUCACCUACGGCCCCUUCUGACUCCGGUAUUUUGUGCCUUGUUCUGACACCGAGACCAGGUGGGGGGAGGGGAGGGGGUAGAGAAAUCGUGCGGCAGAUACUACACAAGUUCGCCAUCAUAAUGAACUAAUUCACGUACAAGUGACCGCGCCGGCCCCCAUCCUGCUGUGGGACACGUGGUGGACAUCGCCGAAACCGAGGCUAGAACUGCCAAUUUAAUUAAAUACAGAGACAGUAGCAGAUAUGGGUGGUUCAUGCACAAUGGGCUGCAGUAUUUAUAGGAUGCAGUCGCCAUGCUACCGCAUACCUAUGAAUAUUCACGGUUUCCUCCCCCCCCCCCCCAAUCAGGAAGCGUCGCAUUUGGUGUAAUGACUGUUUGAUGGCUCACAUUCGCGUCAGUAAUUGCUGCGAUUUCAACACGGCUGUUGGAUGUUGGUGUGCCGAUUACUCAACCAUCUGAUCCACCAACCGUGGUGUUGGGAACAGUGUUCAACUGUGCGCUUCCCGAGUAGCUAAGUACCCCGCCCUGGCGAAGUUUCAGCACUGAGUAUUGAGGGUAUCCAGGGUAUUCACUGAGCACAUUCUCCCAGCUUGCUUGGCUUACCAGUGAACUAAACCUCGUUUCUGCCUUUAAAAGCCAAACCGAUGGAAACGUGUACACUACCCUCUUCUCAUUAUUAUCUCAGAGAAUCUCGUCUUCUCAGCGCAUCAGCAGAUUUCGAAAAUGGUGAAAGAUUUGUCUCCAAAAACAUACUAAAAUUCAAUUAAGUUUAGUUCAGUUUUAUUAGAGGGAAAUAUAGGUAUUGAACCUUUGAACUCCCUAUUUGUUGCAAGGAAGCGAACUAUAUCAAAAAUUUGAAAGUGGAAACAUCAAACAGCUGCAUAGUUUCUUAGAUUGGCUAGGUUUUCGAAACCAGACGGAUAAACGAAUUGUUCCAAGAGUUAAAAACAUUAACGUUACUAAAUGUGCUGUACAGUAGUCUGUCUACGGAUAGUUGAUGCUACCUCAGUUUCUGAGGGAGACGAAUUAAAUGCCAACAUGCAUUCAACAGGCAUGGGACAAGGAUAUAAAAUAAGCGUUACUGAAAUACAUGCAGUAACAUGACAAUAUUAAUAAACUGAUCGAACGAAAUGCUAGACGAUGUCGGUCAGGCGGCAUUAUGACGUUUGGUAGUCCACUUGUCCAACUUGCGCUUAAAAGCGUCAACGGAGGUGGACAUGUCGAAAUCUGCAGGUAGAGCAUUCCAAGUCUCGAUCACUCUGUUUGAAAAGAAGAACUUCCGAAUGUCCAGCUUGGCGCCAGUCACACGUAGUUUAAAUGGAUGACCUCGGAGGUUCGUUGUGGUCGCUAAUUCAAAGAAAUCAGCAGGUACGAGACAGCAGUCCUGGCCGAGCAUUAAACGAAAUGUUUGUAUAAGGUCGCCUCUUAGCUGUCUGUAAGUCAGUGGAAAAAGACCGAGAUUGGACAGUCGUGUUUCAUAGGGUAGUUAGCCCUGUCCACUUACGACUUUGGUUGCCCGCCUUUGGGCUUUCUCAAGGAUGCUGACAUCUUUAGAGGUCCAGGGUUUCCACGCCUGAACAGCGAACUCUAGCUGUGGCCGUACGAAAGUCUGAAAGACUUUAACGAAGCAGUCCUCAUCGAAGGUAGAUAAAGCUCUCUUGACAAGAUAAAGGACUGACAUCGCGGACUUGGCUACCUUGGAGCAGUAGAGCGACGGUUUUAGAGAAGACGUUACCCACACACCCUAGUCUUUCUGGGCGUCUACCUCCUGCAAUGGUAUGCAAUUUAGGUAGUAAACCCUACGGCUGAGAGAUCGGGUCCUGUCAACUCGCACAACAUUGCACUUAGUCUAAUUAAAUGGCAAAAGCCAGUCCUGUGACCAUUUCUCGAGUCGGGUCAGGUCUGCCUGCAAGCGCUCUUCGUCCAAUUCAGUUCGGAUGACGCUCCAAAGUUUAAUAUCUUCAGCGAACAUGGCGACAUCACAAUUCAGUUUACUGACGCAGUCGUUGACGUAUAUAAUGAAUAGGGUAGGGGUUUAAAUCGAAAUUUCAUCCUAUCCUUGCUCCUUCUAGAGGAAACCAGUUUUUUACAUUUCCCACAUUACUUAACGGCGAACAGUUAUGUGGUUAUGACUCAGAGGACGCCGGUAGACGGACAAUGUGAAUUUUUCGGAACAACGAUGGACAAAGAUCAUCAGACAGCCAGAGUGGCACAGCUUUGCAGCAGCCAGUAUGCGUCUUUCCUGUAGAUGCCAGAAAACCCAGGAUAAAACGUGCAUUGAAAGCAUGGUUGGGGACGCCUUAGUCCCCAAGCUGAGGAGCUGGAGAAGUGGUUCCGUGGUGUAGACAUCUUGGAAAAACUCGGAAAGAAGCACGGCUUUUUGAAAGCCAUCGCUCACAACUCGGUUAUUUCUGUCCUAUAAGGUUGCAACCUGGUCACGGUUUUUCGUAUUUCUCCUGUUAUAUACAUAGAACGCCUCUUCCAGGAGCUUCAGUGCAUAAGAAGCUCGUACCUCUCGGGUAAGUCUUUUGCAUAAUGUUCGUUGUUGUCUUAAUUCCUGAAGUUUUUCUAGGCACUCCGUUUGUAAGGGAUUUUCCACAGCUUGCGUUUUUCCGGAUUUCCUUCUUAACCGAUGAUGUCAGCCAUUGCGGUUUAUUUCCGGUUGCAUGCUUCUUGAGGGGACAGUAUCUUUCAGAUGCCGGUGGACGGACUGCGUGUGUUUUUCGGAGAAACGGUAGACAAGGAUCAUCAGACUGCCAGAUUGGAAACGCUUUGCAGCAGCUACGGAACCUUUCAUUGUUUUACCCUUUCAUGCAUGCACAGACUCAAGAAUAUGCGUUUAUCCUGUGGAUGCCGCAAAGCCCAGAAUGAAACGCGCAUUGAAAGCACGGCUGGGGACUUCUUAAUCUCCGCCAUUGAGGCUCCACUUCCGGUUAUUCCAAUUUUGGCGAAUGUUUCAACUAUGAUGCUUUUUCAGUUCUCUUGAAUCUGACCAAGAUGAGACACUGGAGACCUCAAGAGUCUCCUCAACCGACUCGGCCAAUGUAAACACAUCGGAGACUACACCCCCAGUGCCAGAUACUGUUGACACCUGGUCGACAUCGUCUCUGGCAAGUCCAUUCACCACUGAAGUAGUCCACGGAGGCAAUGCAUAAAAUUCCAUUUAAGUUGCUGAGAAAUCACACUGGUUUGGGGAAACAUGUAAAACAGUCCAUUUGAACGUGCUUAGUAGAAAUGAACGAAGUUAGAUGGCUCCAUUUUAUUGUGGGGUACACGGUGGACAUCGUCGGUAACGACGGUCGAAUUAAUGGCAUCCGUUGAGAGCUCCCGGGUUCGUAGAUAUCAUUUACACCUUCGCAGGGGUACGGUAGAUUUAGCUACCAUUGACACAUUUCCUUUGCUUAGUGUGUCGCCCUUAUAACUCCCCUUCCGUAAGCGAUUCUCAGACAGAAUUCUUUUAGAAGGUUCCUGUGUCGUCAAUCCCAUUUUUCCUCGCCUGUGGACGAAUUGGCAGGGCAACAAAAGAAUAGUCGAUUCAUGGCGCCUCUAUCCUCUAUCCUUGAGCAAGUAUGUCAUUAUCUGCCCUGAUAAUUGCGUAUAGACGGACGUCCAAAUUUCUUUUAUCUGUAUCACAUAUUCCGCACUUUCCAGAUAUCCAUAAUAUCGCCAUCUCUGACGUGGCUGGAACGUAUAAAGUAUCAAAGCCAGAACAGGGAGUCGAUGAGAACGAUGACACGUUAGAUGCAGUAUCUCAACUGUCCAAAGACAUGAAUGCCGAAACGUAUUCAGAGAGUGGAAGGUGGGCAUGGCUCAUCGAGGAGAUAUUCGAUGAUGAAUUUUCGGAAAUUGGUAAGUUGGCCUUUGUCCAUGCGUUUUGGAUGUCAUUUAACACCUGAAAAUCGAGGGCCUAUACCCCUUCCUGUAGUAUCCAGCUUAUAGAAUUCCAAUAAGAAAUUUUUUCCAUAUGUUUACUAAAACUUGUCACGUUGGCUAUGGAGCACCAGCACCUGCAGUCCAUGUCCUGAUUAGGAGAUGCUUGUAUGCGCGCAUUGAAAGCACGGCUGGGGACGUCCCAGUCUCCGCCAUUGAGGCUUUACUUCCGGUAAUUUCAGUUUUGGCGAAUGUUUCAACUAUGAUGCUUUUUCAGUUCUCCGGAAUCUGACCAAGAUGAUGCACUAGAGACCUCAAGAGUCUCCUCAAUCGGCUCGGCCAGUGUAAACCCAUCGGAGACUACACUUCCAGUGCCAGAUACUGUUGACAGCUGGUCGACAUCGACUCUGGCAGUACCAUUCCUCGCUGAAGUAUUCGUUGGAGGUAAUGCAUAAAACGCCAUCUUAUUUGCUGAAAGAUCACACCGAAAUUGGGAAACAUGUAAAACAGUCCAUUUGAAGGUGCUUAGUAGAAAUAAACAGUCAUUAUGCUUAAAGUUAAAUUACGAAUGAAGUACAGUGCGAUGUGGAGUGUCAAUAAAACUCGUUGAUGGAUGACAAAACUUACAGAAUUACGUAUUUGGUCCCAACUGUGGUCCCAGGGGCUAAUGAUUGAAUUAAGCAAAAUACGAAUUUGAAAUAAGGAAUCUUGGAGUGUAUUUUAGUUGUCUGAGUGCCAAGGCCAAGAACGUAGACGCAGUUGAGUGUCUCGAUCACAACUCCUUAACACUCUGUUUACUGCCAAACCUGGUCAUGGCACCGUCUUGGCAGAUUGCGUUGACUGGCUUCUACCGUCCUGAAGAUGCUGUGCACACUAGCUCGAUCAAUAUCCCAGUUUACAAACGUUUCAUAGUUGUUGGAGUUAAUCCAGUCGAGUUCUGACAAGAUGAUGGGGAUUCGGAAUAUGCCCAUUUGGCCACACGUUUGCCUACUUUGUGUAUCCGCAGACAUUAGAUCCUUGUUCAGCGAUGUAUCAUUAAGUAUAAACGUGAAAGAUGUUUCAUUCACAUGGAAAAUAGUGGGGAGUGGUGAGAAUGUUGCCGAUUUUCCUUGAGCAAGUCCUUAUCUGCACUGACAAGUACGAAUAAAAGGGCGUCCAAAAUUCUGUUUUCUAUAUCACAUAUUCUGCACUUUCCAGACACCCAUAAUAUCGCCAUCCCUGACGUGGCUGGAAAGUAUAGAUUAUAAAACCCAGAACAGGGAGACGAUGAGAACGAUGACACGUUAGAUGCAGUAUCGCAAAUGUCCAACGACGUGGAUGUGCCGAACCGUAUUCAGAGAGCGGAAGGUGGGCAUGGCUUAACGAGGAGAUAUUCGAUGAUGCAUUUUUGGAAAUUGGUAAGUUGGCCUUUGCCCAUGCGUUUUGGAUGUCAUUUAACACCUGAAAAUCGAGGGCCUAUACCCGUUCCUGUAGUACCCAGCUUAUAGAAUUCCGACAAGAAAUUUUUUCCAUAUGUUUACUGAAAAUUGUCACGAUGGCUAAGGAGCACUAGGACCUGCAGACCACGUCCUGCUUUGGAGUUGUAUGUAUGCGUGUGGUUGGAGAGGCACUUGGGAGAGCGCUUUCACUCGAAUUGAGUACACAUGGGAUUAGACGCAGGUGGUCUGAAACAGUCUGCGCAAGCUCAGGUUAGAGAAAAGAUCCUGUUUGAUAAUCCGAGGAUAAUGAAUUGUUCACCAGAUCGAAAGACUUGUUCGACUGGCGUUUCGUAUAUCUGUGUCGGCUCUCCAUUAUCAAAGCGUCAAGUGAAAAAAAUCGAUCAGAAUUUUGAAUGGACAGUCGAAUUAGUUGGCCGUGGGACGAUCGAUUUUUUUCAUCUUUCGCUGUCUUGUCCUACUGGCCGUCGCCUGUGAGUUUUGGUGGCCUCCUGUAUUGUGUGUCGUCAAUUCAAUUGGGAUUAAUUGCGUUUGCGCUCCCUUUUCGGGUGUCAGCGGUGGGUUCACGUAAUGGUCGUGGUGGUCGCUCACUUGCUUGCAGGUGAGACUGCGCCUAGCGUCCAUUUGCUGGCACUCAACUCUCACCUGUGGCUCCAAGUAGCUGGACUCUGCUCAGCGGCCACACCCCGGGUAACCGUCUCGACCGGCGGGCUAAACCAGGUUAGGGGGCCCUGUGCGCAGUGCCGUGUGCACAGGGUUUGAGGAUUCCGCUGGAUGGAAGGUCGGAUGGAACCUUGCGUCUGCACCGUCGUGACGUGGUUCGUCUCUGCACGUCGCUUGACAGCCGGUGACGGGAUGGAUCUCAUAUCGACAUCGCCUUGACGCGCCCACCCUCGCCGACGGAGACCGCGGCUCACGGAGAAUUCGAGUCGCUCUCCACUACAACCCGAAGUCGUGGUCCCAAAGUGGAGUUCGGCGGUGCCACAACGGCACAUGGCAGCCCUAUUCAGGGAUGGCACUGCCAGCCCCCACGAGGGGAAGGGCCUAGAAAAGGUGGCCUAAACAUUGCUGGGUAUCACGCCGUCUCCAGGCUAGCCAGGGCCGCAGACGUCUAAACAUGGUCGAAACAAUCAAAAUCGAAACAACAACAAUACCAAUAACAACAACAACAACGAUACCCAUUUUCCUCAUCCUACCUCUUCUUCCUCUACCUCCGUCUAUUCUUCUGCCUAUUCUUCUCCUUCGUCAUCUUCUCCUCCAUCUCCUUCCCGUCGCCCCACUCGUUGUCACCAGACUGGUAGGGUGAGCGCGCUCACUCUGGCAGCCUGGAAUGUUCGUUCCCUUUUAGACAAUACGAGGAGCAACCGACCGGAGCGGAGGACGGCGCUAGUGGCGCGAGAACUGGCGCGCACUCAGCGAGACCCGUUUCUCCGAACAAGGCCAACUGGAGGAGGUGGGUGCUGGCUACACCUUCUUCUGGAGCGGUCGACCCAGGGCAGAGCGACGGAACGCGGGCGUCGCCUUCGCCAUUCGGAAUGACAUCGUGGGACGACUGCCCUGUUUGCCGCAGGGCAUCAACGAUCGCCUGAUGAGCCUCCGCCUGCCUCUCUGGGGAGGCAAAUUCGCCACCAUUAUCAGCGCCUACGCUCCGACGAUGACCAACCCCGACGCCGUCAGAGACAAAUUCUACGAGGACCUGCACGCCCUCUUGGUGACUGUGUCGAAGGCGGACAAGUUGAUUGUCCUUGGCGACUUCAACGCCCGCGUCGGCACAGACCAUACUGCCUGGAGAGGAGUGCUGGGUCCCCACGGUCUCCGCGGCUCAAACGACAAUGGUCUGCUGCUUCUCCGCACCUGCGCAGAACACCGCCUCAUCCUGACGAACACGUUCUUCUGUCUGCCGGAGCGAGAGAAGGCCACCUGGAGGCAUCCUCGGUCGCGUCAGUGGCACCUGCUGGACUAUGUCCUCGUCCGGAGGCGAGAUCAGCGGGACGUGCUGGUGACGAAGGCGAUCGCGGGUGCUGACGGGUGGACGGACCGUCGCCUCGUCAUCUCGAAGAUGCGUAUUCGCCUACAGCCUCGCAGGAGACCAUAAGGUAAGCGACGCCCAGGUAAGCUGAAUGUUGCUUUGUUGUCUUUGCCUGCUCACCGUCUCCAUUUCAGCAAUGAGCUAGCUCAACGGCUAGACAACCUUCCUAUCGCUGCCGCCGCCGCCGCCGCCGAGAACGCCUCUGUGGAGAACCGCUGGUGUCAACUGCGAGACACGGUCCAGUCGAAGGCGCUCGCCGUCCUCGGUCGCGCUUCUGGCCAACACCAGGACUGGUUCGACGACAACGACGCCGCCAUCAGAAAUCUGCUAGCUGAGAAGAACCGCCUACACAAAGCCUACGUAGAUCACCCCACUGAUGCCACCAAAGCUGCCUUCUACCGCAGUCGCCGCCAACUUCAGCAACGACUGCGCGAGAUGCAGGACGCCUGGACUGCUCGCAAAGCUGAGGAGAUCCAAGGCUACGCGGACCGCAACGAAUGGAAGAACUUCUUCUCUGCGAUCAAAGCUGUCUACGGUCCGCCGACGAAGGACACCGCUCCUCUCCUCAGCGCCGACGGCAGCACUCUCCUGACUGAGAAGACGCAAAUCCUGCAGCGAUGGGCCGAGUACUUUCGAGGCGUCCUCAACCGCCCCUCCGUCAUCUCCGACGCCGCCAUCGAGCGUUUGCCGCAAUUGGAGACCAACGUGGACCUCAAACUCCCGCCAUCUCUCCAGGAGACCAUCAGAGCCGUGCAGCAGCUCUCCAGCGGGAAAGCACCCGGAUCGGACGCAAUCCCUGCUGAGGUCUACAAGCACGGAGGUCCCCAACUCAUGGAUCACCUGACUGCGCUCUUCCAAGAGAUGUGGCGUCAGGGUGAAGUCCCGCAAGAUUUCAAAGACGCAACCAUCGUGCAUCUCUACAAGCGCAAAGGGAAUCGCCAAGUCUGCGACAAUCACCGCGGCAUCUUCCUGCUGAACAUCGCCGGGAAGAUUUUCGCACGAAUCCUCCUCAACCGCCUCAAUAACCACCUGGAACAGGGCCUUCUGCCGAAAAGCCAAUGCGGCUUCGUCGUCAUCGUGGAACCACGGAUAUGA